AAAGCGAACACAUCGUCGUUUCCUUUUUAUCGCCAUCUGUAGAUCCCUAUCUUUUUCUCUCUCUCCGAGCCAGGGCGGAGACAAACCUCCAUUCCCAUAAACCCAAAAUCCUUAAAUUCUUUCUUCUUUUUUCAAAUUUGAAAUUGCAGGAAAAAAAAUAUUAAACCUAGAAAUCGAAACUGGUUGUUUGUUUCGGUUCCAUUAUCUAUAUACGAUGAUUUGAACUUUUUAAGGAAUCGAAGAAUCAAAAUUUUUCUUUAACAGAUUUUUCCUUGUGUGUUUGGGGAGGCGAAGAGAUGGGUCUUUGCAGCUCCAAACCCUCCCCAAACCCUAAUUCUUCAUCAACUUCUGUAUCUGUUAGUAGAAACUCUGCUUUACCAGCUAAUGAUAACUCUAUUCCGCCCAAGGAUGGACUUAAACCGGAUUCGAGCACGGGAAAUGGAGGGGAAAACCCUAGCAAUGAGGAUCAGAAAGAGAAAGAGAAGGAGAACAGUAGAAAGGAUGAGAAAACGGCUUUAGAGACCGUUAAGAAGUCUCCUUUUUUCUCAUUUUAUAGUCCUAGCCCCGCGCACUACUUCUUCUCUAAGAAGUCGUCGCCGGCGAGAUCUCCAGCGACAAAUGCGGCUAGUGCGAAUUCCACACCUAAAAGGUUCUUCAAGCGGCCGUUCCCACCGCCGUCCCCGGCGAAGCAUAUACGUGCAGUUCUGGCACGGCGGCAUGGCUCAGUUAAGCCAAAUGAGGCGGCGAUUCCGGAAGGAAGCGAGGCCGAGGUUGCAGGGCUUGAUAAGAGUUUUGGAUUCUCUAAGCAUUUCGGGAACAAGUAUGAACUCGGAGAUGAGGUUGGUAGAGGACAUUUUGGGUACACUUGUCAAGCCAAGUUUAAGAAGGGCGAGCUUAAAGGGCAGCAGGUUGCCGUCAAAGUUAUCCCUAAAGCGAAGAUGACCACAGCUAUUGCCAUUGAGGAUGUGAGAAGGGAGGUCAAAAUACUACGAGCAUUAACUGGGCAUAAUAAUCUAGUGCGAUUUUAUGAUGCAUAUGAAGACCAUGAUAAUGUCUAUAUAGUGAUGGAAUUAUGUGAAGGGGGAGAGCUCUUAGAUAGGAUACUUUUAAGGGGUGGAAAAUAUACAGAGGAUGAUGCGAAAGCUGUCUUGAUACAAAUUUUGAAUGUUGUUGCAUUUUGCCAUCUUCAGGGUGUGGUGCACCGGGAUCUUAAACCUGAGAAUUUCCUGUUUUCAUCAAAGGAUGAAAGCUCGCAAUUGAAGGCCAUAGAUUUUGGCUUGUCAGAUUUUGUUAGGCCAGAUGAAAGACUGAAUGAUAUUGUUGGUAGUGCAUAUUAUGUAGCACCUGAGGUUCUGCAUAGAUCUUAUGGUACAGAGGCCGAUGUCUGGAGCAUAGGCGUGAUUGCAUAUAUUCUUUUGUGUGGUAGCCGUCCUUUUUGGGCCCGGACUGAAUCUGGUAUCUUUCGGGCUGUCCUAAAAGCUGAUCCAAGUUUUGAUGAGACGCCUUGGCCUACUCUAUCUUUGGAGGCAAAAGACUUUGUCAAGCGCCUAUUAAAUAAAGACCAAAGGAAAAGAUUGACUGCUGCCCAAGCCCUAUGUCAUCCCUGGAUUAAAAGUUCCAGUGAUGUUAAAGUGCCUCUGGAUAUUUUAGUAUUCAAACUCAUGAAGGCUUAUAUGCAAUCAUCAACUCUUCGGAAAGCUGCUUUAAGGGCUCUAUCUAAAACAUUAACUGUUGAUGAGCUAUUUUAUUUGAAAGAGCAGUUUGCUUUGUUGGAACCUAACAAAAAUGGCACUAUAAGCCUAGAAAAUAUCAAAGUGGCCUUGAUGAAAAAUGCAACCGAUGCUAUGAAGGAGUCUCGCAUCCCUGAUUUUCUAGCUUCUCUUAAUGCACUUCAGUAUAGAAGGAUGGACUUCGAGGAAUUUUGUGCAGCUGCAACAAGUGUCUAUCAAUUAGAGGCUCUUGAUAGAUGGGAGCAACAUGCUCGUUGUGCCUACGAACUUUUUGAGAAGGAUGGAAACAGGGCCAUUAUGAUUGAGGAACUGGCAUCGGAACUUGGUUUAGGCCCCUCUAUUCCUGUACAUGCUGUUCUCCAUGAUUGGAUCAGGCACACAGAUGGCAAGUUGAGCUUCCUCGGGUUUGUCAAAUUGUUGCAUGGUGUGUCUAGCCGAACUAUUGUAAAAGCUCAAUAGACGUCUCGUGGCUAGUUUAGAAGCUCCAAGAUGCGCUGAUGUCCUUAAAGCUGUGUAUUGGCCUGUGAAAAAGAGUGGAGGGCACUUGAAGAUUGAUUGUCUGGCCUGAAGGUAUAUUUGCUGCUGCCGUAAUCAUGGUGCAGUAAAUUGAGUUUGGGACAAGUUUCAUCUGUGGCACAACCUCCCUGUAUGCGCUAACAAUGUGAAAAAAAAAAUUGUUGGUGACCUUGGUGCUCCUCGCAUUGAAAGCUUUGGCAUUUAUGAUUGUAAAGCUGUGUAGUCAAGUGUGUUUAGUUGCAGGUGAGAUAAUCUUUCUCAAACUUCUUGGCGGACACUUGAUGUUCUUACAUAAUGGACUGGGCUGACGGGCCCAUCAUUGAAAAUUGUAUCAUUUUCUGGGUUUGUACUUUCUUGUCAAUUGCCAAUUGCUCUGUACUAUGCCUA